AAUAACUGCCAAAACCAUCGUUGUCAAUCUCAAUUAUCACCGCCCAUUCUUCAUCCCUCAAACAAGUCUCUCCUACAGUAGUCCAGCAAUGGAAAAGAAAAUGGAAAACCAAGAGAACAAAACCAUCUCAGAAGAAGAACCCACAACCGCCCAUGCCAUCGCCGAUUCAUCACCCGCUCAAUCUCCCAGUCCCAGUCCUCCUCGGGACCCCAAACCAUCGUUGCCGUCGGCUCGAUCGCCGGCCGAAUCAUCGGUAUCGUCGGAUCUAAGUCAUCGGACGUCUCUCAGCCAUGGAUCCUCCCCUAGGGAAAACCCACCGGAAAACGUGAAAUCUCCGUCGCCGCAGCCGGUGGUGAACAGAUUUGUGAGGGAGGAGCCGGUGGAGGUGACGAAGUUGGAUCCGGGUCCGGGAAUAGGAGAUGUGGAAGGAGGAGGAAGCGAGCGGCGAACGAGGAGGCCGCUGUCGAUUCUGAGGAGAGUGAAGAGAGAGAAGAUGGUGAAGAAAGCUGCGUUAGGGUUAAGAAUCUGGGGAUUAGUUUUCUGCUUGAUUUCGUUCGUAGUGAUGGCCUCAGACAAGAAUAAAGGUUGGGCUCUCGAUUCCUUCUACCGAUACAAAGAGUUCAGGUACUGUAUAUCGGUGAAUGUGGUGGGCUUCAUGUAUUCAGCUGUGCAGGCGUGCGAUCUGGCUUUCCAUUUUUCUACUGGCAACUAUGUCGUCCGGCACCACCUUCGCUAUUACUUCGAUUUCCUCAUGGAUCAGAUUUUGACUUAUCUGCUGAUGUCGGCAUCAUCAUCAGCUGCCACCCGAGUUGAUGACUGGAUAUCUAACUGGGGGAAUGACAAGUUCCCGGCGAUGGCAAGUGCAUCUGUGGGAGUGUCAUUUGUCGCAUUUGUGGCCUUGGCCUCCAGCUCUCUCAUCUCUGGUUAUACACUUUUCACUUUCAGAUCUACAUAACGAUUAAGACCCCUCCUUGGGGUCGGUCUAUUACUCAUCUCUAUGUAUCUUGAUGAAAUGUUGUAUAGGUAAAGGCAAUAUUGUCAUAGAAAUUCUUUAGUGUUGUGUAUAGGGAAAUAUAUGUUUUGGAUCAUUUGGAUAAUCUUUUUGUAACAAUUGCAAUAACCAAUGCUUGUAAUAGCAUAUUGCUACUUAUGUUCCAAAUUAGUUUGAAUGGUUUUUGAUUGAAAGGGCA